GAUGCCAAAAGCAAAAAUAUCUCCUUCUAUUUUGUCGGGUGACUUUGCUCAACUCGCUGUUGAAUCUCAACGUAUGAUAAAUGAGGGUGCAGAUUGGUUGCAUAUUGAUGUUAUGGACGGACAUUUUGUCCCGAAUCUUACUAUUGGUGCUCCAGUUGUUCGAUCUUUGCGCAAUCAUACAGAUGCUUUUUUUGAUUGCCAUUUAAUGGUAUCAAAUCCCGAAAAGUGGGUUAAAGAUUUUGCAGAAGCUGGUGCAUCAUUGUUCUGUUUUCAUAUAGAAGCAUCACCAAAUCCUGAGUCACUGAUUGAAGAAAUUCGUAAGACUGGAAUGAAAGUUGGUAUUGCGGUUAAACCUAAAACACCUAUUGAUGUUAUAUUUCCUUUGGGUAAUAUAAUUGAUAUGUGCUUGGUAAUGACUGUUGAACCUGGUUUUGGUGGUCAAAAGUUUAUGGAGGAAUGCAUGCCAAAGGUUAAAGCAUUACGAGAAAGAUUUCCAACUUUAGAUAUAGAAGUAGAUGGAGGUUUAGCACUUGAUACAAUUGAUCAAGCAUCUAAAGCUGGUGCAAAUGUAAUUGUUGCUGGUACAUCUAUUUUCAAAUCUAAUAACCCUAAAGAAGUAAUUAACACAUUUAGACUUAAAGUUGAUGCUGAGCAAGCUAAAUAUUCGAUAUCUGUGACAUAA